GGUCGAAUUUUCUGGAAGCCACGCCCAGUGCCUCGUAGACCCAUUUUGUGUCAAUUUAAUUCAUAAGAAACCAAGAAACACUGCACUCGUCCCAAAUACAUAUCAUACCGUUUGCCCCCGUAUCUGAUCUUUACUUUCUUUGAGGCAUAUUCGCAAACACUUGGCGAUGGCGGAAGAUGGCAUCGUCACGCUCUACAACACCACCGUCAUCACCGAUCCCAAGCAGAACCCAUAUUCAUUCAAGGUCGGAGUUGCCCAAACCCUGCGCGGAGGAGCCAUUCUCCAAGUAUCGAACCCACAGGAAGCCAAGAUCGCCGAAGAAGCAGGGGCAUGCGCCAUCACCAUUUCGGAGCCACCCCGCUCCGGCAUUUCCCGCAUGAUCGAUCCUUCCCUCGUCAAAGACAUCAAGCGCGUGGUGUCAAUUCCCGUUCUGUCGCGUGUCCGCGUUGGCCAUUUCGUGGAAGCGCAGAUACUCGAAGCCGUCGGCGUUGAUUACAUCGACGAAAGCGAGGUUCUUGGUAUGGCAGAUGAUAGAAACCACAUCAACAAGCACAACUUCCGAUGCCCUUUUGUGUGUGGGGCCCGAAACCUCGGCGAGGCCUUGCGGAGGAUCAGGGAAGGUGGAGCCAUGAUAAGGAUUCAAGGAGAUUUGGUGGGUUCUGGGAAUAUUGCUGAAACUGUCAAGAACGUGAGGUCUUUGAUGGGGGAAGUGAGGGUUUUGAGUAACAUGGAUGAUGAUGAGGUUUUCGCGUUCUCCAAGAAGAUUGAGGCUCCUUACGAUCUUGUGGUGCAAACCAAGCAAAUGGGUAGGCUUCCCGUUGUUCAAUUCGCUGCUGGUGGUAUUGUGACUCCUCCGGAUGCAGCGUUGAUGAUGCAGCUUGGGUGUCAUGGGGUGUUUGUUGGAUACGAGGUUUUUCAAUGUGAGGAUCCUUUCAAGCGUGUUAGGGGUAUAAUUCAGGCUGUCAGGCACUACAAUGAUCCUCACGUGUUGAUUCAAACUAGCUGUAGUUUGAAUGAGGCCAUGGGAGGCCUCAAUCUUGGUGAUGACAGGAUUGAGAAUGAGCCAUUUGGCGGGGGUUCUUCUUAGGUUCACUAGUUAGUAGUUAGUAGUCCUGUAUUCUACUGCUCUUUUUCUGUUAUACAACAUAUAAAUUUGUAUCUCUGAGGAUUACAUAUGUGGUUGAGUAUAUGAUAUGAAUCUCUUUUUUUCUGAUAGUAUAUGGAAUUUGCUUCGUU